AUGCCCUCUGCAGCUUGGCCAUCACACUUGAUUGAUGACCUUGCUGAAGACACAGAGGGUGUCAGCAGUCAGUUUGCAGAUGACACCAGAUUAGCGGAGAAAGCCUCCCGCAGCACGCCGGUGGGCGAGGUCGGGGCACAGCCCCCGCGGGGUGGUUCAACGCCUCCGGAGCGCAGGCAGCUGCGGUCCCUGCGCACCGAGCCAGGCCGAACGGCAGGGGUGACGGAAGAACUCAGAAGGCUCCAGCACACCUUGGAACAGGUCAAUGAUGACACAGAUUUGCUUCAAAGCCAUCAGCUUGCCAUGGAUGAAGAAAAUAACAUUGAAAAAUAUCAGCUCAACUUACAGCCCUUGGAGUCAAAAGUGAAAAUCAUCCAGCGAGCGUGGCGGGAGCACCUGCAGCGCCAGGACCUGCCCGCCCCGGAGCAGCGCGGCAAGCGCAGCCCUUCCCCUCCCUCCCUCUCCUCAGACAAGAUGAGCAGAUCCAGCAGCAUGAACACCUUCUCUGACAGCAGCACACCUGUGAGUACAGCACUGGGCUCCAUUUGCCUCCCUGGUGAUUUGUGUUGGCUUCCCUUAAGGCUCUUUGGUGGUUACAUCACUUUGGGUUGA